AUGAUUCCGAAUAGCAUCGUGCUGGCGGGUGCGGGCUUCAUCUUCGGUGCGAUACUACUCCCACUUUCGCGCCGCAAGUGGGCACAUCCACACAUCAGCCAUCAAAUCUCCCUCGUACAGCCAGGAUCGGCCGCCAAGCAAUCGUGCCACCAUGAACAAGAGCAGAGUCCAUUUUUUGCUCUGCCUGGUGAGCUACGCAACGAGAUCUACCGAUUGGUACUCGUGAGAAAGGGCUGGAAUCGAAGGAUCAAGUACAGCGCUUCUGGGUAUGAUCGCCCAGCACUGCUCAACACGUGCAAGGCUAUCCGUGCCGAAACCCUGAAGAUUUUCUACCACGAAAACGACUUUAUCACGACGGUUCAUAACUUCGACACGAAUCACAUCAUCCGCUGGGAGCAGCAACUUGAGCGCAUAACAGCGAGUCUCGGCGAUGACAACAUUAGCAUCGGUCAGUCUAGUGAUGUCGACUUCACACAGGCCUCCUGGCCGAACCUCAUGGUCUGGCUACGUCGUUGGCAUGCAGGCGAAGUCUUCGGCUCGCCCGACACACCGAAAGAGAUACUAGAGGCGCAACUCGGUAGAGGAAGACUGGUGGAGCACGUGGUUGGCGGGAUGUCUGGCAUGGUAGAUGCGAUGGACGAUGAGCCCUGGGAGAAGGUCGAGAAAGUUCUGGUGGGUUGGCGAUCAGCUCUUGUUAGUAGAGAUCGCAAGUGGAAGGAUGAUUGA